CAACUUAAAGCUAUAGCAGGGCUUGAACCCACAAACGUUUGACCCAGCGAUGAUAGGGGGUAGAGGUCAUAGUUGUGUGAGAAGAGAUUUAGGCUGCAAAUUUCUGGGUGAGUUGCAGUUUAUGAAGGGUGCAGCCAAGGAGGUGAUUGAGGAGAGUAUUUGAAGAAAUCGUACCUGGAGCUAACACUGGUGAUGGUAAUCAGCUGAUCGGGAUCAGCAGCAAGAUGUUGCAGGUGCCGUGGGUCGGCCUCGUCCUCUCAAUGAGGAUCGGGCAGCAGGCAUGCCCAGGGUGAGGCGGAACAUGAGAAACAGAUUCCUGGCACGGAGAGCUCAGGAAGCUGAAGUGGAGCGUGAAGCUGCUGAAACUGAAACAGGAACGGAUGAUCCGGAACUUCCAACCCAAGGCAAAAUUGGAGCCAAGAAGCAGCGAAAAUUAGAUGAGAAAGAACAGCGAAGAGCACAAAGAGAGGUAGAGGAAGCAGAGCGAGAAGAACGCAAGAAAUUGCAGGCCAUAAAAGAUGAAGAACGGAAGAAAGAUGAAGAACGCAUGCGAGUUCAAGAACAGAAAAAGGAAGAAGAAUUAAGAAAAACCCGUGAAGAAAAAGAGCGUAGAGACCAUGAAGAGUACCUGAGGCUGAAAGAAUCCUUUGUCAUCGAAGCGGAAGGACAGGAUGAACUAAUGAUGGAACAUGAGUCCACUAACCUCCUUCAGGAGUUUAUCGAUUACAUCAAGAGUACCAAGGUUGUUCUUUUGGAGGACCUGGGCUCUCAUUUUGGGUUGAAGACGCAGGAUGCCAUUAAUAGGCUCCAAGAUCUGAUUGCUGAGGGGACUGUGACAGGCGUACUGGACGACCGAGGAAAGUUCAUCUACAUCACUCCACAGGAGCUUGAAGCCGUGGCUCAGUUCAUCAGGUUUCAAGGGCGAGUCUCCAUCGUAGAACUGGCACGAGUCAGCAACUCCCUAAUCAACCUUAACCCUGCCACAAACGCUGCUCCGGAAAAUGUAGCCCAACAUUCACUCUCUUAAUUCAAUGAAACUGAAGUUAAAAGCUACAUAUUUUGCAUUGCAGAAUAAACACAGUUGGCUCUAG